CCCCUUUUCCAUGGUAACGAACGAGCUUUGCGGUCAGGCGUCAAUGUCCGCUCAAUGCGGUAAUUAGUUUUUCACACAUUCCUUUGCACACGUGAAGUGUGUACAUUAAUCCGGAUCUGUCAGUUCCUUGUUGAUGCUGUGGAGAAGAAGAAGCAGACUUAUUUAGUUAAUUUGUUGCAGAGAUAAAUUGGAUCAGCCUUUUUUUGGCAAAAACUUGAAUUGACGCCAGAUAUGAAUUCGUAUAAGCUUACUCUUAGGAAGAUCGAGUCACUUCCGGAGGCAAGCUUUCACGAUGCCCUUCUUGCGGUGAUCCUCGUAACUACCAUGUUAUUUCGCGUUUUCUCUCGAUCGUUAGAUCGAGAAAAGACAUGGUAUGCGUUGAAUGAUCGUUUGUGUGGUAAGCAGCCGAGAAAAUUCAGCGAGGGUUCUUUCUUUCAGCUAUUUCCCGAUGAAUUUCUUCGCGUUAAUUUUGCUGAUCUGUACGAUGAAAAUGGCUGCCCUGUCUCAAGCCAGUGGUUCAAUAAGCUAAAUGGGGAAAAAUUUUCCGAUCAAGUUUACGUUGGAAGUAAAUUUGCCGUAGUUGCCUGUAAUUUAGUCCUUAGGAACCCGUCAGAAUCGGAAUUUCUUCGAUCAGAAGCCUUCUUGUCGCUGAAGCGGACCAUCAACGAGCAUGCUUUCAAAGAAUCGGACUUCGAUCACGGGCCCGCUCAGGAUUUAUGCUGCGUUAGUACAGACAGAGAUUCUAAAAGUGAUGAAGGAGAAACUCCCCAAGAAUCGAAAGGGGAAAAAUUAUCUUUAGAAAGCAGCUUUCCGGGAAGCCCGCCAAAAUGCUCCACUCCACGAAGACAAAGUCCGCCAAAAUUUGAAAUCCCCCUUGACCAUGUUGACACGUCUUCUUCAAGUUCCUGUGACGACUCCUCGCAAUCUGUCGGAUCUGUAUCAUCAAUUUCUUCGUUAUUAAAGGGAAAGUUUGGCUCUGCGUAUAAGAAGAAAAAGUUGAGACAAAAGGUGGAAGCUGUAAUGGGAAGCGUCGAAUCUGUAUGUUUAGAGAAGGGAGAAACCUUUUGUUGCACAAAGCUGCCUGUUUCAGCGUAAGAAAACGUUCAAUGGGAUCAAUGGGCAGGAGCUCAUUUGGCAUGUGUUUAGUGAAGUCGCGAACGAGCUGGGAGUUCGAAAGGCAUUUUGCGAGCUCGUACCCGAGGAGCUGUGGAACCAGCGUGUACAAAUGAUGUCUGUGCCAGAUUGGAUGUUGCUUCUUUGUAAGCUAGAAUCAACAAUAUCUGAUGAUUCCUGGCAGAUGAUCUUGAAUCGGACUCGACUUCGAAAAAGCGGGGUGAGGUAGCUACCGACUAUUUUUUGUGUUAUUGUUGUUGCUGUUGUUUUCUUUAAACUUACUAGAACUAUCAAGUAAGUAAUCCUUUGAAAGUCAUUUCCGAGGGGAUUGACUGUGACGGCACCCGGCUUUGAUCUUUGGAAUAUUUCUGAGGGGUGUAAGAAAACUGAAUUGGCUUUUUCUGUGGGGGGAGGCAGGUGUACUGUGUCAGUACCUUUGAUCUUUUUUUCUUUUCUUUUAGAACUCAUCAGACACUCCGAUCUUGCUUUUCAAAAACAACAUAAAGGCACUUCGGUCUAUGGUGUUUGAUAAAGUUCGAAGCCUCUUUGACAUCACCCAAAUACAAGAUUUAUGGUUAUGAAGUUUCUCUUGAAAGUGCCCUAACAUGGAUUAUCAGGGAGUUGAGAUUACAUGGUGUGCAGAAAGAAAUAAUUAUUGACCUAAGCCUCAAACUUGAUGGUAGGCCAUUUGCAGGUGAGAACACAAUCUUUAGUAAAUACAGUAUACCUUAUUUCCACAUUCCUUUAUUGUAUUUUGCAACAACUGUGUUGCACUUAAGAAAGGAAAACAUAGAAACAAAAUCAACAGUGAAAUGGGGUUAAAAAUUAUGACACCAAGGGACAUACAAUAGUGUCCAAAUUAUUUUUUAACUGUGACUGAAACAAGUUCAUCCUAACGAAACCCUGUGAUCUAUUAUCAUGGGUGUAGUCUUGGACUGAAAUAGUCUUUUUCGUCAGUAUUCUUAAACAUUUACCGUUCCUUAUCCAUAAUUUUCACUUGAAAGAUAUUCAGUCAUAGACAGUGCAGAGAUAAAAAUUAAUAGUGUAAAGCAGGGUAUAUAAUAUAUGGGAGUUUAAAACUUGUUGUCCAUAUUAUUGUUGUCUGUAUUAGGGAGUAAAUUUUAGAGAAAAUACAUGUGCUUUUUGUUGCGAGAAAUCCGUUAAAUACAGGUGUCUGUAUUAAGUUUGAGGGGGGGGUAACAUCAAAGUGGCAGGGUAAACAUAACCAAACACUUUGAACUCUAGGUCAUGAAGUGGUGCUUAAAUUUUUGAAAUGCCUUUUUUUGUUGUUUCCUCUCAUUUGUAGGGCGCAGUCAGGUCCUAAUGGGUGUAGUCCCCAAAGACACACUAUUCCUGUAUAAUCAUGAGAGCUACAAAUCAGUGUGUCCUUUAGCUAUUACUCAUUGUAAGGAAGACAGGUAUGUUGUAUUUAAAUUUGAUUCAUUAGUCAAAUACUUAUUUGUUUCCAAAAUAACUAGUUUUGUUAGUGAAAAUUUUUAUUGUACCUUUUAGGCUGUGUAAUUUUUGGUUGUCGACCAGUUAUACAUGCAAGCUGAAAUAAUUUGUGGAUUUACAACAAAUUUAUCAUAUGAGGCCUAAAGGCCCCAGUAAACGAUCAUUUUUGAAAAUUAAUUUACCCGCAAAGGUCUUAAUUUAUUAGUGGGCCACUCAAACCCGACCUUUAUAUGUUUUCAAGUCUUAAGAACUAUCUGCCGCAGACUAGACUAGCAGUAUGGUAUUUCCUUUUCCUUUUUUUUUUUUCAUUCUAGUAAUAACUUCAGUUUACUGGUAACUUUACUUUUGAUUAUUAUUAGGAAAAAAACCUAAAAAAGCUGAUUGUUAAUGUCAACAAACAAAAGGAUGCACUAAAGAAGAAUGACUGAAUCAGAGUGGAUGGAGUGCAUUAUCAUGCUGUGAGAUUUAAAGGUAAGUUUCACAUAAUAAUUAAUAAGGUAUUUUUAGUACCAUAAUUUUCAAGCCAAAUGCCUUCAUGUACAUUGACCACUCUUUUCAAAAAUUUAUAUCUACAGUUAUACUUGACCUGAAGGCCCUCUAUUUUUUUGCUGGAACAAAUAGGGAAAGCGAACCUUAAGCUUGGGAAACGAGGAACUGAAGUAGAUUGUUGCUUUAUCUGCAAAGUAUUGAGG